AUAAAUAGCUCGUAACUGAGAAGAUUUACUUCCUUGUGGUGCGCAAAUACUUCGUUUAUAUUGGACCAUGAGUUCUUCAAUUGAAUAUUCCGAUGAACUGCGCAUUAAUUUCUUCUUGAAGCAGUAAAAUUUUGCAAAAACUAUGAGAUGUAUAGGAGAGCAUGCAAAAAGAGUCUGAAAUCUUUUUGUACCGUAGCUGAAAAAAAGCUGGUUGCGGAGCUGGAAACUAAAAGCUUCGAUUCCAUCCCUGGGCCAAAACCUUUGCCGCUAAUAGGAAAUUUAUGGCGUUAUUUCCCGAUCAUAGGUGAAUAUACUUCAGAAAAAAUGCAUCGGACCUAUGCAAAGAUGCAUGAACAAUAUGGGCCACUAGUCAGAGAGAAGGUCCACAGCGAUCGAACGUUACUUCAUGUAUUUGAUCCCAGAGACAUGCAAAUUGUGUACAGCAAUGAAGGCCCGAAGCCUAUUAGGAUAAGCCACAGAGCAUUAGCAAAGUACAGAGAAGAAAGGCCACAUCUGUACAGUGGACCAGGACUUUUCCCAAGCAAUGGCGACGAAUGGUUACGUUUUCGCCGUCUUUUCCAGAAGACAUUACUGAAUCCCGCCUCCGCGGAUGCUUGUUCUAGUGGACUAGAAGCUAUAACUGAUGAUCUUGUAGCUAAAAUACCAUCUUUUCUUGAUGAAAAUCAUGAAGUGGAUCUGCAGCCGUGGUUGUUCAAAUGGGCUCUAGAAUGUAUUGGAAUGAUAGCCUUGAACAGACGCCUGGGCUGCCUUUCUACAGAAGAAAAUAAGGAGGUAGAUGCUCUCGUUAAAGCUGCUCAUGACAUACAUCAAGCUGUUUUUAAAACUGAAUUUAGUCCUUAUAUGUUCGACAAGCAUUAUAAGGCGCUUGAAGCUGCACAGGAUUAUUUGGCUGGUGUGGUGGAAAAAUAUGUUGAAGAAACCGUAUUAGACCUGAAAUGCGGAAAGAAUACCAACUCUAUUCUGGCCAAGUUACUCGAAAUCGCGGAUCGAAAGGAUGUCUUCACGAUGGUACUGGAUAUGUUCUUGGCAGGAAUUGAUACCACCGCUUAUACCAUGGCAUUUUGUCUUUAUAAUCUGGCUAUGAAUCAAAGAGUGCAAGAUACUUUAAGAGCAGAACUUAAAGACCGGUUACCUAGCAAAUCAAGUAGAAUAAGUGAAAGUGAUGCCAAAUUACGGUACCUUCAGCUCGUUAUUAAAGAAACUCUAAGAGUUAAUCCUGUGGCUAUUGGGACAGGAAGAAUACUUCCUACCGAUGUAGUUCUUUCCGGAUAUAAUGUUCCUGCUGGAGUAAUGAUAUUUCUACAGCAUCAGGUAGCAUGUAUGCAAGAUAAAUAUUUCAAAGAUGCACAUCUUUUCUGUCCAGAGCGAUGGGAGAAAACACGUGUUCCUCUUGUUUCGAGCCCUUUUGGUUACGGCCCUAGAUCGUGCAUUGGAAUGAGAUUUGCUAGGAUGGAGCUUUAUCUAGCCACAGCCAAGCUGGUGAGGAAUUAUAUUAUCUCUUAUCAUCAUGAAGAAAUUGAUUCCAUCACUAGAUUAAUCAAUGUACCGGACAAACCACUACGACUGAGGUUUAAGAAUGUUCCAGAAUGAAAUUGGAUGGAAAAAAAAAAAAAAAAAAACAAAGCAAACUAUAACAAGCACAUAUUAAUAGUGAGCAUAGCGAAUUAUGAUAAUCGAAAGCCUAUUAGUCUAGAUUUUUCGAGUGUUUAUUAAUAUCGUUUAAUAGACUCUGAUUAGCAAUGAAUCAUUAAUUAUGUUUGAUUGAGAUUAGCUGCUGAUUAGUAUUCAGGUGGCAAAUUUGAGCCCUUGCUUGAGGUGAUUCUCAUUCAGAAGGAAGUUAAUAAGUGUUCAGGUUAGUAACUGAGCUGAUUACGAAUAGAUUAAGACAAAUUAUGAAUAAUAAUAAACGCAGUUGAAAUAUUCCAAAUGAAUAUUUCUGUAACACCCACAGGUGAUGGAUUUUAAUGAUGGAUUAUUUUGAGCUGUAGAGCUUUGGAUACAUUGAAUGAUUAUGGAAAUCGUUCGAUUAGGCUUUAGACUGAUAUGCUGUAUAUGAUUUUGUACCUUAAAUUUCCAUGUGUGGAAUGUAAAACUGUGCGGAAUGUUUUUAGGACUUUUCGAUGGAUUUAUUAAAAUAACAAAUUAUAAAUUAUAAAUUUCGAUAUUUAUAUGAUCAGAUUUAUUAAAAUAACUUUAAGCUGAAAUAAAAAUUUAAAUUUUGUAAAAAUUGUUAAGUACUUUUAUUUUAUAAAUAAAAUUUGGCUUUGAGGUAAAGUUGUUUUAAGUUAGGAUAAGUGUCAUCGGUUAUAGAUCAAGGUAAAAAUCACAAGAACAUGUUGCCAAACCACAGUAUGUUUGAUUAAUAUUCUUUAUCAUAAAGAUGCGUUGAUUAUCAAAUAAAAUAUAAAUAAAAAAGA